UUCGAUUUUGAUUGUCUUUAAAAUAAUCUUAAAACUAUGUAAAACUUAAUAUAGUCACACGACUUAAUUUUAAACCCAUCCCAAAGAGCUGAUUUGAAAUUAACCCCUUGACUUGAGUUUAGUCUGGAUGCACGAUUAUACACUCCCUAUAAAUCACAAUCCUGGAGCUUCUAUUCUAUACUUAGUACAUACCAUAAAAAAGCAAAACAAUGUCUUCUUUCUCAAACACUUUCUCACAAAUGCUUUCCUUUCUGUUCAUAAUUGUAUAUAUAGCUGAAGCAGUUGUUCCUCCAUCUUCCACAUUCAAGCUUGUCAACGAAGGUGAUUUUGGUGAUUACAUCGUUGAAUAUGACGGUAAUUAUCGCGCUUUAGAUGUAUUUAGCAGCCCUUUUCAGCUAUGUUUCUAUAACACCACUCCAAAUGCUUAUACUCUUGCUCUACGUAUGGGUUUAGUCCGAUCCGAAUCCCUUUUCAGAUGGGUUUGGGAGGCCAAUCGGGGCAACCCGGUUAAAGAGAAUGCUACUUUGUCUUUCGGGGCUAAUGGAAACCUCGUAUUGGCAGAAGCUGAUGGCCGGGUCGUGUGGCAAACCAACACAGCUAAUAAGGGUGUUGUAGGGUUCAAACUGCUUCCAAAUGGUAAUAUGGUGCUUCAUGAUGCUAAGGGUAAUUUCAUUUGGCAAAGUUUUGAUUAUCCAACUGAUACCCUUUUAGUAGGUCAGUCUUUUAGGCCCAAUGGGCCUAAUAAGUUGGUUAGUAGGGUCUCACAAGAGGUUAACUCUAAUGGGCCUUACACUUUUGUGAUGGAGCCUAGACAAUUAGCCAUGUAUUAUAAAAGCCCAAAUAGCCCAAAACCACUUUUAUACUACACCAUGCUAGAUUUGCCUAAAAGUUCCCUUAAAGAAGUAACAUUUAGUUGUUCCCCUGAAAAUGAUGAUAACUAUGCUUAUGACAUAACAUUUGCAUACCAAAGUGUAGAUGGAUCAAUAGGAGGAUCAGCAGAAAUCGCUAGACCGAAAUACAAUAGCACAUUAUCCAUGUUAAGAUUAGGAAUAGAUGGAAAUCUAAGGGUAUAUACUUAUUCGGAUAAGGUAGAUUGGGCCGCUUGGGAAGUGACUUUCACAUUGUUUGCUAGGACAUCGCCUUAUGGGUUAUGGGAUAUCGAGUGCCAAUUACCCGAAAGAUGUGGAAGUUUUGGGUUAUGUGAUGAAGAUAGUCAAUGUGUAGCAUGCCCUACUCCUAAAGGGUUGUUAGGAUGGAGUAAGGAUUGCAAACAAGCAAAGCCAAGUUGUGGAAGUAGUAGGUAUUAUAAGCUUGAAGGGGUUGAUAAUUUCUUGACCAAGUUUAAUAAAGGUGAAGGCCCAAUAACAAUUGAUGCUUGUGGAAGUAAAUGUAGUAAAGAUUGCAAGUGUUUAGGGUAUUUUUACCAUCAAGAGAAGUCUACUUGUUGGAUUGCUUAUGAUAUUAAGACAAUUACUAAAGUGUCUAACAAGAAGCAUGUGGGAUAUAUCAAAAUUUGAACUUAUUUUAGUGUUCUAUGUAUUUUUAUUAAAUAAGGCAAUGUUUAAGUGAAGGGAUUGUGUGUUAUUUAAAUGAUCAAGGUUAUAAUAAAAAUAGCUAGAUAUAAGCAAGUGAAAUGGAAAUGGUAAGCAUUACUUUUAAAACUUGUUUGGUUGUACAGACUUGUAAUUAAGAUUAACCAACAUAAAAUCUUGAUCUUGUUAAUGAAAUGCUAUGUUAUGAUUGUAUAAA